AUGGGCAAGACUUCUAAAGUGAUCGUGUGCGGAGCGAAAAAGUGCGGGAAAACCACUAUUCUGGAGCAAGCCAUCUACGGUCAAGUUGGACCGUUUCCAACCACUCUUGAAGAUAUCUACGUCGCCAAUGUUGAUACAGAUCGCGGGACACGUGAAAAAAUCCGAUUCAUCGACACUCAGGGUGUGGAUGAUGGCACCGUGAAGGAAGUGCCCCGGCAUUGGCACGCGAUUGCAGAUGCGUUUGUGUUGGUGUUCGCCAUUGACGACGAGCAUUCCUUUCAAUUGGCGGAGGUGAUUCGAAAAGACAUUGAGAAAAACCGUGAGAAGAAAGAGGUGGUCGUCGUGGCCAUCGCCAAUAAGCUCGAUCUUUCCAAUCGACGUCAAGUGGACGCCACUCAAGCCCUAAACUGGGCGUCGCGAGAAAAGAUCAAACUGUUUGAGGUUAGUUCAUUGAAUCGAGAAUCGCUCUACGAGCCCAUGAUCUACCUCAGCUCAAGACUGAAUCCGCCUCCGAACAAAUCCGGAUUUCCUCAGAUCAAUAUCGGGAGGAAACAGCCCAAGGUCACCUCCAACGAAAGUUAA